UUGACGUGGGACCUUAACAUUUGCAAACUACUCAACAAGCUUAACAUCAUAAUAUAUGUAAAAGAGUAAAAAAAAUAAAAAAAGGAACCAUGAAAGGAGUAAAAAUGAAUCAUGGGACCCUCACAACAGCCAUUGUUUUGUUUAUGCAGAGGGUAGCGAAAAUUUAACAGGAGAAAAGGGGUUUUGAGUAGGUAUUAGGUCUUUUAUGUCUGACCUUGUAGUGCCAUUUGAAUCAGUGAAGUAGAGGUUCUACCACUUUCUUAUGAGUUUUCAACUCCAUCACCAUCACCAUCUUCUUCUUCAUAUCUCCCCUGACAAUGGUUUCGAGGAUGGUUUGUUACAAGGUUCCAUUUUUAGCAGUGCAGGAGCUUUGAAGAAAUAUGAAGGUCUAGGACAUGGAUUCAAAGAAAUCAAUUCAGAACCUGACCAACAGAAUUCAUUCCUUACUGGGAUUCAAGUCACAUUCAACUUCUGCCUGGAUCAAGUCAGCUUAUUCAGUUUACUGAUACCCCCACUCAAAUCCCCCUCCAAUGUUUUUGGGUGCCUGUCAGCAGAAGAACUAGCUGCCUUAACUGCCUGCAUAAACCAGUUGAACAUAGAGAGGAGACAGGUCUUAAAUGAGUUACUAGACUUGAAAGGAAAUAUUCGUGUAUUUUGUCGAAUAAGACCUGUCACACUGGGGGAGAAUUUCGGACAUUUAAGACCUGUUGUAGCUUUGGAUUCAAGUAAUAUUCAUCUAAAACUCGCUGAUAAUAAAACCAAGAGUUACAGUUUUGACAAGGUGUUCCACCCAGGUUCAUCACAAGAUGAAGUGUUUUCAGAAGUUGAACCAGUCAUCAAAUCCGUCCUGGAUGGUUAUAAUGCAUGCAUUUUUGCAUAUGGUCAAACAGGAACAGGGAAAACCUUCAGUAUGGAAGGUACUCCAGAUUCCCCAGGAAUUGUUCCCCGUGUAAUUGAGGCACUGCUUAAGCUAGCAGUGGAUAGUAAUCAUGCAUUUCUCAUCACUUUCAGUAUGCUUGAGAUUUAUUUGGGAAAUCUCAAGGAUUUGCUUGUACCUCAGCCAACAAAACCAACAGAUCCUCUGCCACCAUGGUCUUGGACUAUCCAUUUCAGUUCUAAAGGCCCCAAAGGAAACUGGAGCUUGAAAGUUAUAACGAGCAACCAAAUUGCCAUGAGCUCUCAUACUAAAUUUGAAACUUUUCAUCUUUCUGUUGUUCCUGUUAGCAUGAUCCGCAUAUCAAUCACUUGCUUUGAUGCUCCUGAGAGGAGACGAGAAACAAACAAAAUCUGGUUAGUUGAUCUUGGUGGGAGUGAGCGUGUAAUGAAGACAAAAGCAUGGGGAAGAAGACUUGAUGAAGGAAAAGCAAUUAAUUUGUCUCUUUCUGCUCUUGGAAAUGUAAUAAAUGCCCUUCAAAGGAAAAAGUGUUACAUACCGUACAGGAACAGCAAACUGACACAAGUUCUCAGAGAUUCCUUAGGUGAAGAUUCCAAAACACUUAUGCUUGUUCAUGUUAGCCCCGAAGAAGAAGAUUUAUGUGAAACAAUAAGCUCUUUAAAUUUUGCAACAAAGGUGAGAAGUGUUCAUUUGCGGCAUGAGGAAUCAAUUGAAAUAAAAAACCAGAAGGAAUUUGCAAUGAUGAAUUUGCAGCAGAAGAUGGAGAGGAUUGAAGAUGAACACCUACAUGUUAGAAGACAGAUAAAGAAACUAAAUGAGAAACUAGAAAAUCUUACAGGAAUAGCGCUGCCUUUGGAAGAGCAACUGGAGGUUUCCCCUUUUUCUACCGAAGGGUCACUAACUGACCAUGACAUGGUCAAUACAAGGAACAAAAAUGUCAAAGCAGCUUCGUUGUUCCAGCUACCUAGAUUCAUGAGACCAACUAUUUGCAGUAGAAGAAAAUCUGGAAUGGAUCAACAAACUUCAUCAGGGAGAGAUAAAGUCAUUUCAAAAAAGAAAAGGUCACUAUCCAAUUGUGCUGAGUCAGUAACUUUUCCUGUGAAGAGUGAUUCAGAGUACAAGUCAGAUUGCAGCAUUUCAAAAUCUACCUGUGUGCUGGAAUUGAGAAUGAAAAGUAGUGCUCACAAUGAAACAGAAUACAGCCAAGAUGCAUCUGAAUGUGACCUAAAAAAGAUUGUAUUUCCAGAAAAGGAAAAAUCAUAUCUUAAAACAACCAGUCAAAACGGCCAGCUUAGUCACCUCUACAGAAAUGGAAGUCAAAGAUUAGGUGAAAGCAGCUCCAAGAGAUUGUUGAAGGUUGACAACUGGCUUGACCUGAACAAGAAUGAUCCUCCUAUUAGUGGUUAUGCUCCUAGGAACACAAGGGUACCAGCCAUUCUCAUCCCAGAGAAGAAACAUGGAUAUAGUGGACAGAAGCCUUCUUCUUAUGGCUUUGCAACAACAGAAAAGAUAUUCAACCAAUAUAGCAUGGAGAGGCAGGUUGAUAUCUUAACAGUUGGGAGGACUGUGUCAGAGGUGGUUACUAACAAACCACCAACAUUAAAGGAUUUAUUUGAUGAGGAAUCAAGAUCUAGUUUUAUUGUUCCAUCUCAUGCAAUGAAUGAUCAGACAAUGAUGCAACCAGAGGACAUACUACAUGGCUCAUCUAUAGAAGACGAUGAAUGUGGAAGUGCUUUUCUGUAUGAUAUUUCCUGUGGAGACCUUCAAGAGUACAAUGGUGAAAAUGAGGUCUUUGAAAUGUAUAUGAUGCAAGCAGUAAAGGACAUGGCACAAUGUUCAGAGAGUUCAAUGUUAAAGAAUGGUGGACACCAGUCUUUUUCGUCUGAGGUAGAUGACAGUAUCAUCAACUCAAAGGAAGAUUUUGGUGUUUUCACCCCAGAAUCAGAAGAGGAACGGCACUGUGAAGAAGUGUACACCAAAAUGAGUAUGGAAUACAGUAGAGAUGGAGAUGCUUCCUCUCAAUCCUCAGCAAAAGGGACAAGAGCAAACUCGUGCAGAUCAAGAUCUCAAAGAGCAUCAUUCAUGGGUGACAGAAAUCAGGAGGAGCCAAGAGUAACACUUGUCAAAACACAAGGAAUUACUCAGAUAGAAGGACUAUAUAAUUUUCUUAAAUGUAAAGUUCAGCUUUCCUGUGCCACUGCUCUUCUAGGAUUGGGAUUGCUUGACUUGGGAUUUGAGGAUAACUUCUUCUACGGUCUAAUGCUUUAAAGCAACUCCAAUAGACUACAGGGAGCAGAUAUGGAGACAGAGGUUGAGAGUGUGAAUUGUCCCCUCCUCUACGCAAGGCUUAAUCCCAAUAAAGCAACCAUACAUCC